AUGCCUCCAAAAACAAAAACGCGUCCUUCCGGAGAGACGGAACUUGCAUUAAAAAAACAGAGAAAAAGUUCAUCACCCGAACCACCAUCCAGUGUAUUAACGCAACAACAGGAGGAGGAAAUGUCUUCUGCAUAUAUUGCACAAUUAUUGGCUCAGGAAGGUUAUGAUGAACAUCCUUAUUACUCACAAUAUCAUAGUACGACAUAUGACAAUUUUUACGAAAAUGAUGAUAAAGACGAUGAUGAUGAUUAUAAUCCGUCUUCGAGACCUAAAUCAAAGAAAACAGGAACGAAAGGUCGUAAACGCAAAAGUGAUGCUUACAAAAAAACUUCUCAACAGAAUAAUGUGUCUCCGUCUGAUGAGAUGAUCAGCCAUCCUAACAAUGAUUCCGUAUCUAUCGAUGAUAGUUCGAAUAUUUACGUGUUUGAAAAUAUAUCAAAUAAUGGAAAAAAUGGCGAAGGAAAUAGUGGUUCCCAAAGAAAUGAAGUAAAAUCUAAUUCUGAACCAAUCAAAAAACAAAAAAAAACUCCAAAGAAAAUAUUACCAGGUAUGAAUAUAGGUGCGUACUCUGAUGAAGAAGAAUCUCUAUUCUUGUCCGGAUUGGACCUUUAUGGGCGUGAUUGGAAGAAAUUGGCCGAACACAUAAAAACAAGGGAUACUAAUUCGAUACGAAGUCAUGCUCAGAAACACUUUAUCAAGUUAUUCAGAGAUGGAAUUCCCUUGCCACUAAAGGUGCAAGAAUCUGGCAAGGGUUAUACCUUGUCAGGUAAAGAGUUAGAUCCUAACUCUGCUGCAGCGAGGCCAUAUCUUAUGAGGAAUCCGCCCCAAGAAAACCGAGAACUUGAAAAGAAACCCGAAUCAUCCCCAAUCAAACCAUCCAGUAAUAAAUCAGAUGAUGAUUUGCCAAAUGAUACGGUAGAUAAUAUUAGUCAGUCCGAUUCUCAAUCUUUAAAUGAUAAGGAACAAAAUUUUCUAAUUAGGCAAGAAGAGCAAUUAAAAAUUAAAGAAAGUGAUCAAAUAGAAGACGAUAUGUUAAUACAAGCAGAUGAAAAUUAUCAAAUUUUAACGGCCGAAGAGAAUAGUAGUAGUGGUCGUCCCCGUAUGUCACCAAAGAUUGCACAAGAGGUUGCAAAAGAAAAUGCUAGUCAAUUGUAUGGUGCUGAUGGCCGUACUGAGUAUGCGAAAGCAAGAUUACGUGGAGAUAGAAAACAACUAUCGAACACUCCCGAAGAAAGCGCAGACCCAUUGACGAUGAUAAAGUGCGAUCCAUUUUUUGGCGCUCCUAAUUCAAAUGUUGCUGGAUGUCAACCGUUUUCGAUGAUUGUAGAAUCAAACGUACUUGUUGCGAUGGAUUUUCAUGCACACCUUAUGAAUACCGAAAUCAUUGGAUUUUUAGCUGGUCAUUGGAUACCCGAGGAGAAAAAGUUGAUUAUCAAAACUACUUUUCCUUGUCGUUCACUUCAAACUGGAGAGAAUCACGUCAAUGUUGAGAUGGAUCCAACUUCCGCAUUAGAAGUUCAGCAAACCAUUACUGAUCGUAAUAUGCAAGUCGUUGGGUGGUAUCAUUCGCACCCGAUUUUUCAACCUGAUCCUUCAAUAGUCGAUUUGGAAAAUCAAAAUAAUUAUCAAAAAUUAUUCAGAGACGAAAAAUUUAACGAAGAACCCUUUGUUGGUGCUAUUGUCGGCCCUUAUGACCCAAAAUUACCUGGUUCCUUGUCGGUUAUCAAUUGGUUUUACGUUAGCAACUUAAAUAAGUCAGCAGAUGAAAUAGGACAAGCAAAGCAGUUGGCUUUUGAAUUAGUCAACAAUUCAGCAAUCUCGGAUGAAGUUGCUGAUGAAAUUCUCGAUCUCGUGGAACAAUAUCGUGCAUCAAAUGAUCGCGUGAAUUUUAAAGAAUAUUGGCGUAAGGAUACUAAGGAAACUAAAUUGGAAAAACUUAUUAAGUCACUAGCGAAACGUAUGCCAUGGUUGAAUGUAUCAAACAACACGCAUCGUGAUGAUGAAGAACAACACAUCAUAGAAGAUUACAAGAUGCAAGAGGAUUCAUCAAAAAUUAAUGAACAAGUGUGUAAAAUAACUUCAUCUAAGCAAACUACAAGUGAUAAUUUUUUGGAAAGAGUACAAAAGCUUUUGAUGGCCUGGUGA